UAGGCCUAACUAUUGGUAAUUAUAUUGGAUAUAUUAGCAAAUAAUAAUGAAAUGUGUACGGUAACCAAAUUUAAAUGUUAAAAAGGUCAAUUAGGCUUUAAAAGGCCUUUUGAACUUAAAAAUUUGGUUAUACACUUCAUUACUAAUGGUGUUGAAAGUUACUAUUUGUUUCAGAUGUCUUGUUAAAAAUCUUAUAGUGUUUUGAAAUUCAAUAACCUGUAAGUUUAGGCCUAGCUAAGUUUAUGUGGUAUUUAUUUCAUAUCCAUAGAGACAUGUUCUUAAACGUUUGGAAGGACCUUGCAAAGUUACAAUUUCUAGCCUGGUAGCCUACAGUAGUCGGGGCGUGGUCUCUUAUCAAGCAUUUUUUCUUACUGGAUUGGUUAAUAGUUUCCUCAAGAACAACUUGCCUUUUUUACUAUAUGUUCAGGAAUGCCUAGAGGUCUUGCGUUCACAAAAAUGACUGAGUUUUAUAAAUUGCAGCCCAUAAAACUAGGUUGUGAAGUUGGAGGAGUUGACUUGAAAACAGAGGAUCGUCCUGAAGUUAUAAAACAAAUAAAAAAAGAUGUCACCGAACACAGACUACUUGUUUUCAAAGACCAAGGUAAAAUCUAUGGUCAUCGGCAAGUGGAGAUCAGCAAGUGGUUUGGUGAACUGGAGUGUACGUUCUUCAAGCAUCGACGGUCUCCUCAUCCGGAAGUGUUUAGAGUGUCCAACGACCCAGCUGAAGGGUGUACUGGAGUUGGCCGAACCGGUUGGCAUAUAGAUGGAACAUUCCAGCCAGCCCCGUAUGCCUACUCCCUCUACUUCAUGGACAAAGUUCCCAAGAGUGGUCCUACAGUGUUUGCUCCGAUGACUGAGAUCAUUGAUAACCUCCCUCCCUGGAAGUUUGCGGAGUGGGACAGAAUUUACAUGGCCAGUGAUCGAAGAGGUGGAGUCGUCCAUCCAUUAAUCUAUACACAUCCAAGGACCAAGAAAAGGGUAAUGUGUUUUCACCUUGGGAUGAUGGAAGACUUCAUUUAUGACUAUGGAACGCCAAAAGAAAGAUUUGCAACACCAGAAGAAUUUCACCGGAUAAGGGAUGAAAUACAUCAUGAAUUUGUGAAGGAUGAUGGAAAAAUUCAAUACAGACAUGAGUGGCAAGAAGGAGACUUGAUCAUCUCAGACAACUGUGCUGUGGCCCACGAGGCUGCACCAGAGACCCAGUACCCUGUAGGCAAGGUUGGCCUGAGAGUUCUACAUCGCACCACAGUCCACAACCCCAUCCCUCCAACCAAGGAAUACCCUGAGAGCUCCAGCACUGUAGAGGAAUGUUGAGACACCAAUAGUGAUCAAACUUGUUAUCAUACAGUAUAAGCAAAUUUGUUGUUACAUUCUUUAUAUUUUUAUAUAAUGUUAAUAAUAUUGAUUCUAAACACUUA